AUGGAUUAUCAAAACCGAGUUGGAAGUAAGUUUGGAGGUGGGGGAGUAGCUGGUACAAGUGAAACAAAUGCAGAUCGCCGUGAACGAUUACGAAAACUUGCAUUAGAAACAAUUGAUCUUGCAAAAGAUCCUUAUAUUCUUAAAAAUCAUCUUGGAAGUUUUGAAUGCAAACUUUGUUUAACAUUACAUGCCAAUGAUGGAUCAUAUUUGGCCCAUACACAGGGAAAAAAACAUCAAACAAAUCUUGCACGUAGAGCAGCAAAAGAACAAAAAGACGGAAGUGCAGAUGCUAUUACAGGUCUUCCAGUAGGAGUUAUUGGGCAACAAAUCCAGGUUCGAAAAAAUGUUAUUAAAAUAGGUCGUCCUGGAUACAAAAUUACAAAAAUAAGAGACCCAUAUACACGCCAAAUUGGGCUCUUGUUCCAAUUGAGUUACCCUGAAAUUGGAGCAGAUAUUCACCCUCGACAUCGGUUUAUGAGUGCAUAUGAACAAAGGAUUGAGCAUCCGGACCGACGCUGGCAAUAUUUGAUCAUAAGUGCCGAACCAUAUGAAAGUGUUGCAUUCAAAAUAGAGGCAAAAGAAAUAGAUAGAUCAGAAGGAAAUUUUUGGACUUUUUGGGAUAAGCCUACGUUUUCUAUGCAAUUUUUUUUUAAAUCCGACAGAGAUACAAGAUAUAUGGGUGUUCCUGGGUUAUCUAACUCGUCUACUUCAAAAUAA